AUGUCGCAAACCGAUUUUAACGGGGAAAGUCGGUCACAGGAAGCUAAUCGGGCCUCGAAAUUACCUCUGGACAAACCAUGCUUCAAGGAAGCUUAUGAAACUGCCCUCAAAUUUUACGCUAAAGACGACGUCUUAGACACCAGAGACAGACUAGAGCUCUCUAAGGCAUAUGUAUCGAUCUCUAGGGCCCAACUUUGGAGUGGUUGGACCGCAUUUGCGUUGGUUUUUGGAACUCCGUUUGGAAUCCAGCUGUACAAGACUAGAGCUAUCAAGGGUGUCAAAGUGCCAAGAAAUUUUGUUUUGGGACUUCUAGCAAUGGCACUCACCGCUCACACAAGUGGUAAAGCCAUGUACAAGUCCCAGCUUUCCAGACUCGAUCCCAACAGUGCGUUCGAAUCGUCCUCUGAAGGAAAUUGGGAUACGCUGACCGACCACGAUUCAGAGGAAAUCUCAUCACAGUCUGGCCUCUCGCGUGAAAGACGGCAAUACGACAUGCUCAAACUUUUGGGUUACGGCAUGGCUCCAAAAUGGGGCCAGUACUUCUACUCAACCUACACCAAUCCCGAGCGAAGAUUGCCCAAUCCCAAAGUGAAAUUGGAUGAGAUGAAAAACGGCAAAACUCCUAGUAUUUCACCAUUUCUCAACCAGCGUGACCCAAUAGGUCUGUACUCAGGGCCACGCCAUGACAAAAAGGAUGGCAUCCCUCAAUUGGCACCUCGUCCUGAUCAAAGCGCCACAAUCUCCCACGAUAUUGAUGAUGAUGAUCCCUUGGGACAGGUGGAUACCAAUCCCAAAACCACUUACACCUCGUCCUGGGACAGAGUGCGCAACCAGCGCGGUGUUACCAAUGACGCGACCGGUGGCAGGUGGUCUCAAAUUAGAACAUCACCUCUUGACUCGCAAUCACAACAAGCACCUCCGCGUAACGAUAAGGAUGAAAACUCCGACGAUUUCGAAGCUCUCCUAGAAAAAGAGAGACGUGGCGAGGACACAAUAUGA